AUGUCAUAUUUAUAUUCCGACCCUCCUGAAUUCCUCCCGAUUCCUGAACCCAGCAAGCCCUACCAAGGGAGAAAGAAUUGCCCCUGGGGGACCACAGAUGAUGUUGCCCUGGAUGAUCUGCCUGAAUUUGAACCUUUUGAAGGGGCUCUUCUUCCUCGUGGAACACCACUGGAUAAGGACGAUAAAUUGGUAGUGAAGAGUGUGGAAUUGCACAAGGACAAGAACAAAGCAGCACAUCGGACCAACUCCUUUAAACAUGAGAGCCUCAUCAUACGGCGGGGUCAGGAGUUCACCCUGACUGUCACCUUUGACCGUGCGUACACUCCAACAGAUAAGGUCAUCUUGGAGUUUACAAUUGGUGAUAACUUCCUCUCUGACAAGGAGACUUACAUCGCGCUGGAUCUAGGAGCCAGUACUGGGAAUAAGUGGGAAACCAAGAACACUGUGAAGGGUAACGCAGUAACUGUGGACAUAAAACCUUUAGCAGACUGCAUUGUGGGAAAGUAUGUGAUGAAUGUGAUCGUGGUGACGCCUUUGGGAAAAUUUCGGACAAAGAGAAACCGCAACACAGACUUUUACAUCCUGUUCAAUGCAUGGUGCCCGGAGGAUGGCGUCUUCUUAAAUAACGAGAGUCAGAGGAGAGAGUACGUUCUCAAUGAACAGGGAGUAAUCUACAAUGGAGAAACUGACAAUGUGUCCCAGAGGCCAUGGAACUAUGGACAGCACAAACGUGGUGUUCUGGAGGCCUGUUUCUUUGUCCUGAACUCAACUAACAUGCCGCUGGAUAACAGAAGAUAUGCUGCUAAUGUAGCCCGGAGGGGAUCUGCAAUUAUCAACUCUCAGGAUGAUAACGGGGUGUUGGUGGGUAACUGGAGUAAUGACUAUGGCAUGGGCACAGCACCCACCUCCUGGACUGGCAGCGCAGAGAUCCUUCUGCAGUACCACCAAAAGAGCGGCGUUCCUGUGUCUUUUGCACAGUGUUGGGUGUUCGCUGGCGUGUUGAAUACCUUUUUUCGGUGUCUGGGGAUCCCAUCCAGGGUGAUCACCAACUUCAACUCUGCCCAUGACAACGAUGGAAAUUUAAAGACUGAUAUCUAUGUGAAGAAAAAUGGGAAGAUGGACAGGCGCCGUACUCGAGACUCAGUGUGGAAUUACCACUGCUGGAAUGAGGUCUGGACCACAAGGAAGGACUUGCCUGAAAGUUGGAAUGCUGCGGGCUGGCAGGUGGUGGAUGCCACACCUCAAGAAACCAGUGACGGACAAUUUCGAUGUGGCCCAACCUCUGUUAAAGCCAUCAAAGAGGGAGAAGUGUGUUUGCCUUUUGAUGGCCCGUUUGUCUAUGCAGAGGUGAACAGUAAUGUAGUAUUCCACAGCACCAACAAGUUAGGACAGUCGGAGAUAGAACGAGUGAACACGACCUAUGUAGGGACGAAGAUCUAUACAAAAGCAGUAGGUUCAAAUGGGGUUGAAGACAUCACACUUACCUACAAAAAUCAAGAGGGUGAGUUCAAACAAUGUUAUACCCCAGCGACAAAAAAUAUUGCAAAUGUACAGGAUACAUAUAGAUGUAAAGACGAUUUGUAUUAGCCUAUUUACUAUUUAUGUUAAAUGCAGAAAUCUAAAUAUAGGUUAGUAUAUGAAAUAUUGUAUAUAUUAUUAAAU